AUGGCAUUCACAGACAUAGAAGAUUUUUAUGUAAAACUCAUCCUUAUCGAAGGCAAAAGAAGGCAUUUGAUGAAAUCAAUUUUCUUUGAGCUUGAGUAUUGGAAGCAUUUGCAUGUUCGGCAUGUUCUUGAUGGCAUGCACAUUGAGAAAAAUGUGUGUGAAAGUAUUAUUGGCACAUUACUUGACAUCCCAGGAAAAACCAAAGAUGGGGUAGCUGCUCGACUAGACCUUGUGGAAAUGAAUGUGAGAAUGGAGUUGGCACCAAAACAAGGGGAGAAGAGAACGUUUUUGCCACCUGCUUGCUAUACCCUAAGCAAAGAUGAGAAAAAGAAAGUUUGUAACUCUUUGUUACAUAUGAAAGUCCCAUCAGGCUAUUCAUCUAAUGUGAGAAACCUUGUCAAUGUGAAGGAGUUGAAACUUGUAGAUGAGGAAGAAAACAUGUCGGGUUCUCAAGAAACCCAGUCAACGAGGAGCACACGAGGUCGUACCCAAAUGCAUAAGCUUGCUAUGCAAAGGGCACAAGGACUGAAGAAAGACGUACAAUUCAAUGAACUAGGACAACCAAUUGGAGAUAGUGCUGCAGAACUACAAAGUUACAUUGGUGUCCUUGCAAGAGAAAAGGUGAAGUUGAAUUUUAAGACAUGGAAACAUGUGCCACAGGAUAUUAAAGACAAGAUAUGGGACGCUGUUAAUUUGAGCUUCAGAGUUCCGGCAAUAUUCAAGAAACCUUGCUUGAGUUCAGCAAAUGACAAAUGGCGGCAAUAUAAAACACAACUCACAAAUAACUUUAUUUGGAAGAGACUGAAUGAUGAAGAAAACUUGCACAAACCACCCCCAGGAUAUGGUAUUAUGGGAGAUGAAUGGAGUCAAUUUGUGAUUAGCCGCAUGUCCGAAGACUUCAAGAAACUAAGCGAGCAGCAAAAGGUACGAAGAAAGCAAAACCUUUAUCCACAUAGGCUUGCUCGUAAAGGAUAUGCGCGUCUUGCUAGUGAAAUUUCAACAGAAUUGUGUGAUGAUGACGAAGUGAAUAGAGCUAUACUUUGGAAGAAAGGGAGAACUAGUAAGCAAGGAGAAAUAGAAGGAGAUGUUUUGAAGACAAAAUUUACAAAGAUUGAUGAAUAUAUUCAGCAAAAGCAAGAUGGUUUGUUGCAACUUCAAGGACCAAAUGAGGACAUCCUGACACAGGCUCUUGAAUCUAAGGAGCAUGGAGGUCGGGUGAGGGCUAUAGGUGGACAUGUCAAUCCCUCAACAUAUUUCAGAUUGGGUAAAGGGAUGCUUCCUAACCAUGAGAAAAAUGUCCUUCUAAGACGACAAGCAACAGUAGAAGACAGAGUUGCAAAGUUAGAAAAUUUGGUCCUUCAAAAUGUUGCCUUUAAAUCAUCUCCGAUUGAAGAAAAAGGGAGUUGUACUGCAAAGGAUGCAAAGGGUGCGAUGAAGCUGAGUGAAGAAGAAAUUGGUUUUAUGAAACAAAAAUUGGAUUUCGAAGAUGAUGAUGAUGAGCUGCAGUUUAUUGACAAAGAAGAUGUCUUGGAGAAACAAUGUAAGAAGAAACCGAGCAAGGAAGUCAAAAAGCUUGAGUUGAACUCCUCAAGUAUGCCUAAGUCAUUAUGGCUACUAUACUGUUAUUACAAGCGUGCACUUGGGAAUGGAGAGAGUUUAAAAAUAGUGCUAGAUGAAAAUGUCUUCGGGGAAGAAUGUACUCUAUAUGUGCACGACGAAGAUGUGACUCCGUUUUGUCAAUUGAUGCCAAUAUCGUACACAUGUAUUGCUGUGUACAUAUGGUAUUUGUAUAAAAAGAUGAUGGAAGACAACAAGCUUGAAAAAUUCAGAUUUAUGCAGCCAUGUCAUGUAGGUCAUGUGCCAACGACAAGAACAGAUAAAAAUUUCCUAGACAAACAGUUGGAAAGUAGGGCACGAGCUUUAGCAGACAGACUAAUUGACAAUCCAAGUAGUGCAUCACUUUUGGUGCCAUGUAAUGUAGGUUUCCAUUGGAUUCUGACAGUUAUCAACGUCAGUAAGGAUAUUGUUUAUUUGUGGGACCCUCUUAGUCAUCGCAUUCGCGAUGAUGAUUGGAAACAUGUUGUAGAAAUGGCUAUUAAAAUGGUUCAUGCGGCCUCUGGGAAUGGAAAGAAAGGACGAAGUAAAACUGCUUGGGAAAUUGUCAAGGCUCCUCGUCAGCCGGAUAGUAACCAAUGCGGUUUCUAUGUCAUGGCUUACCUGAAGACUUUAAUUGAGAACAUGCCGGACAUUGAUGAUAAAGAUUCUGUUCAAGCACUGUUCCAACAAGUUGAAUAUGACAAAGCGGUUAUUGAUCUGGUGCGUUCUGAAUGGGCCGAUAUUAUAUCAAGUUAUAUACAGUAGGUAUGAUUUGAUCAUUAGAACGUUGUGAUCUUUUAGACUUCGUGGAAUUGUUUGUUGUAGUAUUAUGAUGACUU